AUGUUGACCUCUUCUGGUCACACCUACCUCGACGCCUUUAGUGGCGUUGGUACCUCUGGGCAGGUCGUCCAGCCUCCUAACGAUGCUUCGUACUUGUCGCGAGGUUAUUCGCAUUUCCCUUACCAAGGCCAUACGGAAGGGAACAACUCCGACUACAGCAUUGAUCAGCAAAAUCACGAAGGUCAGCCGACCAACGGAGUUGAUCUUCGACAGAGAUAUGCUUGUCCGCUUCACAAGCUCAACCCCUCCAAAUACCAAUCCUGUGAGCAUUACCAGUUGACAAACUGGUAUCAUACAUAUCAGCACCUGAAUCGAGUGCAUUCUCUUGGCACCGACAUCAAGCGUUUAACAUACUGCCCCAACUGCCGCGUCUUAUUCAAAGGAAAGACGGCAAAAAUGGAAUUCCAUCUUCAUGUUCGAGCUGGAGAUUGCCAGACCGCAAGCAUCAUGGAGACUGGAAUGCUACUACCAGAAGAAUAUAUGAAGCUUGCGAGACUUGGCGGAGGAAUGUCUAAUGAGGAAAGGUGGUAUGCUGCAUGGAAGAAACUUUUUCCUUCUCUGAUGAUACCUUCGUCUGCGUACUUCGAGAGCCACGUCGACAUACUCCGCCGGCUUGCAUACGACAGAGCACGGCCAUUCGUUGGAAAUGCGGAUCCAAAAGUAAUUCACUCAUUGAUUGGUGUGCUGUUUGCUCCUCCGGUUAUUCCUUGCAAAGCUCCAACUCCAGGUUUUGCCCAGUCCGAGAACUGCUUCACUGCCCAGUCUUCGACCUCCCCCCUUUUCCCUGACUCAAUUACCUACUACGCGCCCAGCUUCGCCCAAGAACCUGCCAUGACUGGUUCACUUGAACUCUCCAUGCAGCCAAUGCUUGAGAGUCCUCCUUUCCAGGCCCUAGGUAUCCCAGACCCUGACAACUUGCACUUUGGCCAUGGUGAUGUGUUCCUCAACACCUUUGGGCUACAGCCUGAUGGAGAUGUACCUCUGCACGCUGAACAAGGAUCUGGAUCCUAA